CAAAACUAAAAAAUAGAUUCGAAUGCAUGAUUGAUUAUAAAAAGAUAAACUGGACAUUUAACCAAGAAUGAUUAAAACAAGUUUAAAUUUUCAAGCGUAUAUUGUAUUUCCGCUACUAUUAUUACAAAACAAAACAUGUCUAAAAGAAUUAUUCACAUUGGUUAACAACACAGAAAUAGAAAGAAACCAGCUGUUGACUAUUUUAACUAACUUUCCAACAGAAUACGAGAUAUCAUUUGAUUUUAAACCAACAGCAUACUUAAACACUUGGGCAAGUAUUAUUCAUUUAACAACUGGUGGAAAUGUUGAUUACUACGGCGAUAGAACACCAGGAGUAUGGAUAUCACCUGGUAACGAUUUAUAUGUUGCGUCAGCUAUAAGUGGCUUUGCUAAUAGCGAUUUUUAUUCAAAAUUAAUACUUCCAAUAAAUGAGUGGAUACAAGUUAAAAUAUCUCAAAUAAAGUUUACAAAUCAAUAUAUAUUUGCGAUUGAAGUAGCAAACAGCAGCAUUUACAAAACGCAAAAUACUCUUUCAAAAAAUUUCAGUAAUGUAAAAGUUUAUAUUGGCGAUCCAUGGUAUCCAGCGCAACCAGGGUUUAUUAGAAAUUUGGUAAUCAUUGAAAUACAUUCAGGAAAAAGUAUGUGUCAUAAACCAAAUAUCAAAGUUAGCAUCAGUGGCCAGGUUACAAAUAUAAAUUAUGUAGCUAUUAACACAACGAUUAGUUAUGCAUAUGAAACAAAUGCAAUUGCCUAUAACUUAACGUGGCAAUACAUGUUGCCGUACUUUUCAAAGAUAUCUUCUCAGAGUGAAGAUUAUUUAUUAAUGGGCUCUAUUUAUACAGUACCUGGCGCGUUUGUGACAAAUAACAUAAAUCAAUAUAUGAAUGUAACUUUAGACAUGACAAGCUGCUCACUGUGUGGCGACUUUACCCUAGAGAUUCCAUUAAAGGUUUCAUUUAAUGAUAGUGCAGGAUGUACAAUAGACCUAUAUACAUCGUUUAAAACAAAUGUAACUUCUUACCAUUCAAAUUUAAUAAUUAAAAGAGAAAAUAACGCAUUAAAAGAAAGCUAUAGUCGUGGUAUUUGCUGGGAUCAUGUCGAAUCUUGGAUAUAUGCUUGCAUGAAUUUAUAUGUAACAACCCAGAAGACGGCAUGUUAUUUUUCAAGCAACUUCGGUGAAAAAUGGAGAAAAUUAGAUCUUCUUGUGGGCUCUGUUCUUGGUCAUCAUAUAUUAACAAGAGAUUUGUAUGUUAUACAUCGAAAUCAAAAAACUUACUUGAUGUAUCAUAAAGUAUAUAAAAAGUGGUUGUCGAUUACAAACAAUGAGUUCGAAAAAAGUAUAUCAAAAAACUUGAAUUUUUCAGCAUGUUUGAAGUUGGAAGGAACUUAUGAGCAGAUUUUAACAUCUCAAACUCAACAAUGGAUGGGAAAUGAAGACGGUUUGUUUUUCCGAAAAUCUGCAAGCGAUACUUGGACUCGACGAUUUAAAUGGAAGGCCUAAAAUAAGUGACACUAAAAUCAGGUUAACUGAGUCAAUAAAUGACUAAAAUAUGAAAAUCGCGUUGGCACCAGUUUUUAAUGGUGUUGGAAAACAAAUAAUAUAUUUCCAGUUUUUUUAAAAAAAUUUAAGUUCUAAUCUAGCUAUUUGUAUUUAAUUUUAACUUUUUUUUUAAUACUAUAUUAAAAUUUUUUCUUUUUUCAAGUAGUACAUUCUGUUAGUAUUAAGCUUAAAAGUAGCUACUAAUCUUCAAUAAAAUAAAAACUUAUAUCGCCA